CGUGACUUAGAAGCCAAGAUGGCGGCUUCUCUCUCCACGAAAAAAUUUUGGAAGCCGGGGUCUGAGGCACCGGGGAUUUCGGAGGAACGGGAGCUCACUUCAGAGACCACCGGCUCCCCCGUCAUUUACAAUCCGAACACUGCUCUGUCCAUAGAGAAUCAGCGGCAGAGGCUCCCCGUCUUUAAGCACAGGAAUAAUAUUUUGUACUUGGUUGAGACCUUCCAAACCGUCAUCAUUGUUGGAGAGACAGGAUGUGGAAAAACAACACAGAUACCUCAGUACUUGCUGGAAGCUGGUUGGGCUGCAGAAGGAAAAGUGAUUGGGGUGACACAGCCUCGUCGUGUGGCAGCCAUCUCUGUGGCAGGUCGCGUUGCAGAGGAACGAGGGGCUCUUUUGGGCCAUGAAGUUGGGUAUACCAUACGUUUCGAUGACUGUUCCGAUCCCCAAGCAACAAGAAUAAAGUUCCUUACAGAUGGGAUGCUGGUGCGGGAGAUGAUGGCAGAUCCUCUUUUGAAGAAAUACAGUGUUUUGAUGCUGGAUGAAGCACACGAGAGAACCCUUUAUACAGAUAUAGCCAUAGGUUUACUAAAGAAGAUUCAAAAGAAGCGACGGGACCUGCGGGUGAUUGUAGCCUCUGCUACCCUGGAUGCCAAGAAAUUCCAUGAGUUCUUCAACUUGAAUGAAUCUGGUGAUCCUAAUAAAGACACGUGUGGCAUUCUGACAGUUGAAGGACGCACCUUUCCUGUGGAUAUUUUCUACACUAUCAGUCCUGUGCCAGACUAUGUGAAGGCUACUGUGGAGACUGUGCUGAAAAUUCAUGAGACAGAGGAUGAUGGAGACGUUUUGGCGUUUCUAACUGGGCAGGAAGAGGUGGAAAAAGUGGUGUCUCUUCUAGUGGAGCAAGCACGAACUCUGUCUCGAUAUGGCAUGAAGAAACAUCUCAGAAUUUUGCCUAUGUAUUCUGGACUGCCUUAUGCUGAUCAGAUGAAAGUAUUUGAAAGGACAUCCCCUUCUGUCCGCAAGGUUGUGGUGGCUACAAACAUUGCAGAGACUUCCAUUACUAUAAAUGGAAUCGUAUUUGUUAUUGAUUGUGCAUUUGUGAAACUGCGGGCUUAUAACCCUCGCACUGCCUUUGAAUCGCUGGUUGUUACCCCGAUUUCCAAAGCUUCGGCAAGCCAAAGAGCUGGGAGAGCUGGAAGAAACCGACCAGGCAAAUGUUUUAGGUUAUACACAGAGGAGGACUAUGAGAAACUGCCUGCUGCGACUGUGCCAGAGAUGCAGCGGACCAAUUUGGCUCCUGUCAUCCUGCAGCUCAAAGCAUUAGGCAUUGACAAUGUGCUGCGCUUCAGUUUUCUCUCCGCUCCGCCCGCUCAGACUAUGGUUCAAGCAUUGGAGUUGCUCUAUGCUUUGGGAGGCUUGGAUCAUUAUGGGCGUUUGACUGAUCCUAUGGGGUUACGGAUGGCUGAAUUUCCCCUCAGCCCAAUGUUUGCAAAGAUGCUUCUUGAGUCUGGAAACUUUGGGUGCUCCAAAGAAAUUGUCACUAUUGCAGCGAUGAUGCAAAUUCAGAAUAUAUUUGUUGUUCCUCCCAACCAGAAAAAAGUAGCUGCUCGAGAGCACCGGAAAUUUGCUGUAGCAGAAGGAGACCACCUCACAAUGUUAAAUGUUUAUGAAGCAUUUAUAAAGCAUCAAAAAAGCUCCCAGUGGUGCCAGCAACACUUUCUGAAUUAUAAGGGGCUGCUGAGAGCGCUGACUGUGCGAGAACAGCUGCGACGUCUCAUGAACAAAUUUAAGGUGCCAAAGACGUCCAGUGAAGGCGACCCAGAUGUGAUCUUGAGGUGCAUUGUGUCUGGGUUUUUUGCCAAUGCUGCCCGAAUUCACCACUCUGGUUCAUACAGAACUUUACGUGAUGAUCGUGAGCUCCAUAUUCACCCUAAUUCUGUGUUGUAUGGAGAGAAACCACCAAAAUGGGUUGUUUUUAAUGAAGUGGUCCAAACAACAAAGUACUACAUGCGGGAUGUGACGGCUGUUGAGUCGUCUUGGUUGGUUGAGUUGGCCCCACACUUUUACAAACAGGCUAAGCACGGUUCCCUGGCCAGUAAGAGGUCCCGGGUGUUGUAACUUCAGCCAUCUCAUCUAAUUUAGAAGCCCUGAUUUCCAGCUGCCACCAUUCCUCAUUCCAUUUCAUUGUAUAUAAAUGUAUUUAUAGCCUAUAUUUAUGGUCCACGUGCACAAGCCAUUCACUCCAUUGAUCUGUGCUGAAACAGAAGCUAAUGACUGAUAUUUGGUCUGCAUGAAAAGCUGCUUCCUUUACUUUGAUUUGUCUGUGACAAUGAGAAGAAGUAAUAGAAGAUGUUUGAAGCGUGACUGUUUAGAAUAGCAGGUAAAUCCUAAUGUGUACAUAACUAGAGCAGGUUCAAGCCAUGUAAAGGUGCCACACCUGGACUUUGGCUUCAGUAUUUUUUUUUGUUUUUUGAAUGAUAAGUAAUGAACGAUCUUUGGCUGUGAGGAGGUUUCACUUUGAGUGCCUUUAGGUUUAUAAUUGCAUUAGAUGUCCAUUUAAUUAUAUUUUUUUAAUUUGAUGCAGAUAAAAGAAAUUUACUUUUAAUACCCAUUAUUAUUUGCGACCUUUGAAAAGCCUCCAAACAACCUAGCUUAAAUAUAUCGGCCUUGUCACCACAUAGUGCCAGUUUUAGUCAGUUUAUUUCACAUUUCAAGACAAUGGAAUGUGCAAAUAUCUUAUGUUAACACUGUAAAUGGAAAACUGUGAAUUUAAACCUACAGAUAAAGUGCCGUUUGUUUUAUGAUAACACAAUCAUAAGAGAAGUAAAAACUUAACAAAGCUGUAGCAUUUAUAAGAGGCUUCUCCAUAUACAGUAUAACGUGCAUGCCACUUUAAAGCUAACUGCUGAAUUUAAUUGGAAAUUACUAAUGGGAAAAUUCAGAGUAGGCUAUUUCCAGUGCAUUUUUAGAUUGUGGCUUGCAUAAAAUGAAAAACUGUCUUGGAAGUAGCAACAUUAUUCAUUUAAACAGAAAAAAAUGAAUGCUUAAUUAUUCUUACCACCCUGUAUUAAUUGAAUGUAGUAGUAUUCUGUUGUGAUGCACUUUGACAGGUGUAUAUCGCAGAAAACCUCUAGAUUUGAGCCAACUCACAAUCUUGCCUUUAUAUCACAUUGGCCAACAUUUUUGAUGUGAGUGAAAAAAGAUUUUGCAGUAUUUUAUUCACUGCAUGUAGCUUUAACAUUUAUGUUUUGUUUCAGCCUGAAGCAUUCUGUGCACAAAAUACAGUUGUAUUACUCUUUGAUGGGAUUAGCUUUAAAGCCAUAAAGUCACAGAUUUUUACUUAGACCUGCAUGUUUUUCAGUCAAUACUUGUUCCAGUAUAAACUAAAAGUUGUACUUCAACACAGGGAAACAAACUUUAGAAUAGAGUAGGGUAAACGUAUUGAUUACUUAGACAGGGAUGAGUUGCAUGUUAAACUGGACCUAGCCUAAAUACCUUAAUUGAUUGUACUUGAAGUCUUUUCAUGUUGAGACAAAAUGACAAAACCUGUUUGAUCUCAUUUGUGCUGACACUUGGAUCUGUAAAACUGUAACUGUACUUCUGUAAGAAUACUCUCUGUGCCCUUCUCUCCUCACACCCAAUAAAGCAUUAUUACCAUGCACUUAUAUUAAAUUU